GUGGGAGACGUGGCAAAUUGUAAAGACAAUGGAGAAGGGAGAAGCAGCCUCGGAGAGAGAGAGAGAGAGAGAGAGAGCGCUUUGAACUUUUAGUAGUCGAGCAAGUGCGUAUGCUCAGUGAGUCACUGAUUCAAGAACACCCAAGAAAAGAAAAGAAACAAUGAAUCAGUCAAUGAGUAUGAUAAGAACGCAAACCCCUUCUCCAUUGUCACAGCCUCCUCCUCCUCCUUCUUUGGUAUUGCCACAGGCAAUGUGUACCUCACAGAGGAUAUAUUGUUGCUUUGGCCAAAUGGAAGCCCGUGUUAAUUCUAAUAUGUCAAAACCUUCCCUAGUUGCAAAAUUUUCCUCAGGGUGGACUGAAACACAAUCUUUAUUUUUAAAGCAAACAGUCAACAAUUAUUCGUUGCCUUUGGGAGCAUUAUUGACUUCUAAAACUCAAGAUGUAUCUACUAUGGCUUUUAAUGGUGAUGAGAAGAUAGGAGUCUUGUUGCUAAACCUUGGAGGUCCAGAGACGCUGGAUGAUGUGCAGCCUUUUUUGUUUAACCUUUUUGCUGACCCGGAUAUUAUUCGAUUGCCAAGAUUGUUUCGUUUCCUUCAAAAGCCAUUAGCUCAACUUAUAUCUGUUCUAAGGGCACCCAAGAGUAAGGAAGGUUACGCUUCAAUAGGUGGUGGCUCUCCCCUUCGACAGAUAACCGAUGCACAGGCAGAAGAGUUGAGGAAGGCCCUUUGCGAGAAGAAUGUCCCAGCAAAGGUGUAUGUUGGCAUGCGUUAUUGGCAUCCUUUUACUGAAGAAGCUAUUGAGCAGAUAAAAAGAGAUGGAAUUUCAAAGCUUGUAGUGCUUCCUUUAUAUCCACAAUUUUCAAUUUCUACUAGUGGUUCAAGCCUUCGAUUGUUGGAGAGUAUAUUCCGGGAGGAUGAAUAUCUAGUAAACAUGCAGCACACAGUAAUUCCUUCUUGGUACCAGCGUGAAGGAUAUAUAAAGGCCAUGGCAGAUUUGAUUGAAAAGGAAUUAAGAAAUUUUGGCAACCCUGAUAAGGUGAUGAUAUUUUUCAGUGCUCAUGGGGUGCCACUUGCUUAUGUGGAAGAGGCUGGUGAUCCAUACAAGGCUGAGAUGGAGGAAUGCGUGGAUUUGAUUAUGGAAGAACUAGAAAAGAGAGGGAUAACUAAUGCAUAUACGCUUGCUUAUCAG